GCGCACGUUUAGCAGGAAGUAACUUCAAGAUUUUUUCCGAAAUAUUUUAAAACAAGUAGUUUUACCAUGUUUCCGCUCGAUUGGAGACUAUUUUUUUGACAUGGGUCAGGGAAUCUAAUAAAGUGAAAUGGGCUAUGAUUUGGUUAGAUUCCAAGGGGAAGUAGAUGAGGAGUUGCUGUGUCCUAUUUGUAGUGGGGUCCUCGAGGAGCCUCAACAGGCCCCCUCAUGUGAACAUGCCUUCUGUACAGCCUGUAUAACAGAAUGGCUUCAAAGACAGCCAACAUGUCCAGUGGACAGAAGUGCCUUUACAGCUAAUGAUCUGAAACCAGUUCCGAGGAUAUUACGGAAUCUCUUAUCCCGACUGCAAAUAAACUGUGAUAACGCAACAUUUGGAUGCACAGCAAUAGUCAAGCUAGAUGCACUAAGUGCUCACUUAGCAGAAUGUGAACAUAACCCGAAGAAACCAGUCGAUUGUGAUUCUGGGUGUGGGCUUGUCAUUCCAAAAGAUGAAGUUAAGGACCACAACUGUGUACGGGAGCUUAGAGUUGUUGUUCAGCAACAGGCCAUAAAGAUGUCUGAACUACAAACAGAACUGGCUCAACAGAAACUUCUUAUUAAUGAACAAAAGAGUGAAAUAAUGCUGUUAAAGGAAUAUAUGCGACAUCUGAGAAUGACGAACCCACGCUUACGAGAGCUGCAGACUGAACUGGAAAAUAAUGAAGUCUUGAGGUGGGCACAGACUCUGCAGGUGGCCAGAGUGACUAGAUGGGGCGGAAUGAUCUCAACACCCGACCAAGUUCUCCAAGCAGUCAUAAAGAGGGCUCUCAUAGACAGUAAUUGCCCCGCCCAUAUAGUCAAUGAGUUGAUGGAAAAUGCACACGAGCGGAGGUGGCCACCAGGACUUAGUACGUUGGAGACAAGACAGCAUCACAGGAGGCAGUACGAAAACUAUGUGGCAAAAAGGAUUCCAGGAAAGCAGGCAGUGGUUGUGAUGAUGUGUGAAAAUCCACACAUUCCCCCUGAACUCCAGGUUUCACCAGGAUUAGUAAUGAUAUUUGCACAUGGAGUUGAGUAACAUGGAAAGACUACUUGUUAUGAUAUUUGAAUAUGGAGUUGAGUAACGUGAAAAGACUACUAACUUCAAAGUGCAACAAAUUUAAAAGGAGAAAAGA